CGUCCACACGUCCGCCCCUCGCUUCCGGCCGCGGCGGCUUCGGCCGGCCUGACGGGACCCGCGCCCGGCCUCCCCGGCGUGCGGCGCUGAGGGCGGCGGACUCUCCGCGGCGGCGCCAUGAACCUCCUGCCGUGUAACCCCCACGGCAACGGGCUGCUCUACGCCGGCUUCAACCAGGACCACGGAUGCUUUGCAUGUGGGAUGGAAAAUGGAUUCCGAGUCUAUAACACCGAUCCACUAAAAGAAAAGGAGAAACAAGAAUUUCUGGAAGGAGGAGUUGGCCAUGUUGAAAUGUUAUUUCGCUGCAACUAUUUAGCAUUAGUCGGAGGUGGAAAAAAGCCAAAAUACCCUCCCAACAAAGUGAUGAUCUGGGAUGACCUGAAGAAGAAGACUGUCAUCGAAAUAGAAUUUUCUACAGAAGUGAAGGCGGUCAAAUUGCGGCGGGACAGAAUUGUGGUGGUUUUGGACUCAAUGAUUAAGGUGUUUACAUUCACACACAAUCCGCAUCAGUUGCAUGUCUUUGAAACCUGCUAUAACCCUAAAGGCCUCUGUGUCCUGUGCCCCAAUAGCAACAACGCCCUCCUGGCCUUCCCGGGCACCCACACGGGCCAUGUGCAGCUUGUGGACCUGGCCAGCACUGAGAAGCCUCCCGUGGACAUUCCUGCCCAUGAGGGUGUCCUGAGCUGCGUUGCUCUCAAUCUGCAGGGAACCAGAAUUGCAACCGCAUCUGAAAAAGGGACCCUUAUAAGAAUAUUUGAUACUUCAUCAGGGCAUUUAAUCCAGGAACUGCGAAGAGGCUCUCAAGCAGCUAAUAUUUACUGCAUUAACUUCAAUCAGGAUGCCUCCCUCAUCUGCGUGUCCAGUGACCACGGCACAGUGCACAUUUUUGCUGCCGAAGAUCCGAAAAGGAAUAAACAGUCUAGUUUGGCGUCGGCCAGUUUCCUUCCAAAAUACUUCAGUUCCAAGUGGAGUUUUUCCAAGUUUCAGGUUCCCUCAGGCUCUCCGUGUGUCUGUGCCUUCGGAACAGAGCCAAACGCUGUCAUUGCGAUUUGUGCAGACGGCAGCUACUACAAAUUCCUGUUCAACCCCAAGGGGGAGUGCCUCCGGGACGUCUACGCGCAGUUUCUAGAAAUGACCGAUGACAAGCUGUGACUCUUCACCCAGAGGGCAAUCCACGCCCAUGCUGAUGGCCCCCCGAGGCCCCCCUCGGGCUGGUGUUGGCACCCUUGGGCUUUGUGGGUGAUGGGCUGGAGAGACUGCCCGGGGGACCUUGGUCUCAAAGCCAUUAUGUGGUUGUCUGUUUUCCUAAGCAAGUCUCCGUUUCCAGUAUUAAAGAGUCAUCAUUAAGGCACCCUAGACACUCAGGUGGCUCUGGGCCACUUGUGCCAAGUGCCAGCUGUCCCUUUAGUUCAACUGUGACGCUAUAGUGGUUUCUCUGCAUCUGACUUCUGCUGCUGGGGGCUCUGUACACAACUGGGGACCAGGUUGGGAAAAAGAUGGACAAAUUGAAGUUGUCCUUGGCAGCAGAUUGCAUAAUUUUCACCGAGUCUAUAAUGGGGCAAAUGCGUAAAUGCUAGUUGUUAGCUCAUAGCCAGAUUAAGUAGAAUUAUCAUACCAGCAGCUUGCCUUAGAAAAGGAGAAAGGAGUUCCUUCUCCCAUCUGAGCACGAAGAAGAGAGAGCAGAGUUAGAGAAUAGGGAGGCAUCCCUUGCGCGUCACCCGAAGCCCAGGGCUUUGGCCGAGCGUGAGCACGUGCCAUGUCUGCUGCAGCUGCUGAGCCCAGGCAGGUGCAGGCCCGCCCCGUGUUACCAGCUGUGGUGAGGGAGACAGUAACACACAGACUUUGAAAGGUAGUCAGGUACUCAUGGGAGAAAGUGCCACUUGAGGAUAGGAGAGGAAACUUCCCACAUCCCAGUGAAGUGGUGCCCAGAGCAGGAGGCCUUCGCCCACCACCUUUAUGUCCCUUUCCCACUGUCUUUUUCUCACCUCUCAUUUAUAAGAAUAGCUGCACACUACUAACAUUGGAGAAUGAAAGGCACAUGACAUGUUUCUAACAUUUGGUAACUACAAUAGGUUAUGGGCUCUAUAUUGUUAGUACUACUUGAGGUAUAUGUUUAAUUUUCUUAAAUUCCCUUUACAGAAACUUAAUUUCCUGGUUUGGUUUCAGGUUGCAAACAUUAAAAUUGCAGCAGCAAGUUCUGUUUUGCCAGUUCUCUUACUGUUGUGUAAUCAGCUGACUUUGUAUGUGGAUUUCAGUCCAAAGUAUGCAUGUUACUUUUAUGUGUGUUAAUCAUGAAAUUUAAUUUUGCACACUUCUUUGUAAUGUUUCUUUUAAAUAAAAGUGACUAAUUUUGUUGUACUCUU